AUGUCGUAUAGACAGUGAUUAUAUUAUCGCUAGAGAAAAGUGAAAUUAAUUAAUGAAACAAGGCUUCACAACAUUACUCUCCCAAUUUUCAGGCAGGCCAGCUGAGGAAACAACGUGCAUUAAAGUAUUGCUGACAUAGUUGAUCAUAAACCUUAAAAUAGAACAUGCAUUGCAUUUAUAUAUGCGCGCGCCCUUUGAUUUUCAACAUCAUAACUCCAUAACUCAAUUCAACGUCAGUAGUACUUGAUCAAAUUACGCUAAUCCUCUCCUCAAACAAAGAGAUCGAUCAGAGAUAUGACGGAGAAAAAGGUUGUUCUGAUAUGCAUUGUCGUAGGACUUCUGGGGCUACUAUCAGCUGCUACUGCUUUUGUUGCAGAGUUGAAAAGAAUUAAGGGUUCUCAAGUUGAGAUUACACAAUAUCAAUGUUUAUACCCUUCGAGUCCAGCCAUUACUCUUGCUUCAACUGCAGCACUGGCUCUUUUGAUAGCUCGACUAAUUAUAACGUUUGCAACUCGGUGUGGCUGUUGCCACGGAAGUACUCAUCCUUCUAAGUCUACCUCUACCGUAGCGCGUUUUCUCUGUUUUUUUGCCUGGAUCACGUUUGUCAUUGGUUUUACUAUAUUGUUGGCUGCUGCUGCGGUUAGCAAUAAACAUGAUAUAGAAACCACGUACUCUGGAAACUACAUUGUAUAUUCUUGCCCUGUAGUGAGACAUGGAGUCUUUGCUGCUGGUGCUGUUCUGUCCCUUGUGAGUUCGAUUCUUGGUAUUAUCUAUUUCAUCUUAAUUUCUGCAAACCAAGGUGAUAUCCCAUCCGACAAUCCUAAGCAAGGUGAGCAGGGAGGGAUAGCCAUUGGAGAACCUCAGUUCCCUCAGAAGAAUAAUAAUGCUCAAGAACUUGUUUGAGCAUGAAGAAACGUCAGUUGGUGAAUUGCCUUCGUUGCUAUGAUAAAAUAAGGAUGUUGGUCUUCUUUACUUGCUGGGGAAAAUGGGACUUUCUUCAAUCUGGCAUCAGCAACAUCGUUUCAUUUGAAGUGUUAUUUUCUUAAGCUGUAUGUGUUUUGAGUAAAAAGAAAAUUGUUAAAUUUAAACUAAACUAUUAAUAGAUUCAUCCAUUAGUUCUUGGAUUUGCCAAUAACACAAUCUGAUAAACUGUUAUCUAAA